UGACAUAUGACAAGGCUGCACACCGGUGAUACCUCCCUGCAUUCAUCCAUAUUCUUACGGAAUACGGAAGACUCAAGCAAGUUCGCGUUGGCAAAUAUAAGGUUCAUUUAAAAAGUACCGCCGUAUUAAGUCAAAUUGAUGAUUUAAAUCGUUUGCAGCCCCGCAGCACGAAGAACGCGGAAAUGAAAUUCCAUUGAGUUACAUUAGUGCGCCGUGCUCGUCAUUAGCCACGCCGAACGCGAGGACGUCAUGGUCGGCGUCGUCUUGAUAGUUGGGAGUUGGUUUGGCAGCCUCGGGACGAAUGCUAUGGUGGAUUAAGUGAUCAAGACGGUGAAGACCUCAUACAAAUGGAGACACUCUCCUUAAUGGCCUUGCUGGAUUGCCCUCUGUGUUCAGAGCAGCUGGAUGCAUCGGCCAAGGUGCUGCCCUGCCAGCACACUUUCUGUAAGGCCUGUUUGCAGAGGCAGGAAGUGGCACACUCGCAGCUGUUCUGCCCAGAGUGCAGAACUCCCGUCAAGGCCCGGACAGUGGAGGAGCUGCCCACGAACAUUCUGCUGGUGCGGCUCCUGGAGGGUUUACAAGGGUCAGCGGGGCCUAGCCGGAACUCCCGCUACGCUGUGCCCUUUGCCAGGAGCGGUGGGACUGUCAGGGAGGGUCAUUACAGAGAGAAUCAAGGCCACAAAGAGGUUUCUCCAAGAACCUCAAUAUACAGCCAACAAGGAGAUUCCGAAGGAGAGCUGAUUCUCACCACUGUGAACGGCAUCACUCAGAAAUAUAGAGCGACACAGAGCGAGGACUGGCUCCACAGACAAAUUAGCGACAACAGUGGUGCAUCUGUCACUCCCGGCACGGUGCAAGCUGCCAGCCAAACGCCUCAAACGUCGCCCCACCAGCAGUCGAUGGCUCUCUGUCGAACACUGUGUGACUUUAGUCCCACUGAGAUGAACGUGGAGAGCGACGAUUCAUGUCUAAGCUUCCGAAAGGGAGACAUACUCACUGUCAUCAGAAGAGUGGAUGAACACUGGAUUGAAGCCAAGAUGGGUGACAGGAUAGGAAUUUGCCCUCUACAAUUUACCGAGCCCGUACAACAAGUUGGAGUGGGUGAGCGGAGUGGUGAGCAACGGUAUUUAGACAGCAGCUUCACUGCUCAGCACUCAGCCUGUCAGCUAAACUCUGUGGCAACCAAACUCCUGGAGGGAAAGAGUCCACGGAAGAGUGACUCAGCAGAAUUUCAGCAUCGGACCGGAAGCAGGAGCAGAGACAAGGCCUCAGAAGCAGCCAACAAGACCGCAAAUCAUAGAGUCACGCAAGUUCCCGCAAAGACUCCUCUUGCCAGCGUUUUGGCACCUUCCAACCCACGUAAACAGUCAAGAUCCAGCAGUGGCAACUUUCCCCGCACGACUGCAGUUGAUACAAACAACAACAGUGGGGUAAACUUCCAGCGACAGUCCCACCGCUCCUCUGUGCGACCCCCUGCUCGUGGACACGUACAUCCUUCAAGAGCUAACUCUCAGCGAGUUCGACGGCACUCUGACGGCCCGCACAGACACCUGUUACUGAGUGAGAAGAUGGCCAACGAAGCUCCACCCAAAAUCUCGAUGGCGCUGUCAAACCCCCAAAUUUCUUCCGCCUCGGCAGAUGGCAAAAACUCCAACACGCAGCAACUCUCAAUCAGCGUGUGUGCUGUGCUAUAUUCUUAUAAGCCACAACGCAUAGAGGAGCUGGAGCUGAGGAAAGGCGAGAUGGUGGGAGUGUACGGGAAGUUUAAAGAAGGCUGGUUGCGUGGGUUGUCACUCCGAACAGGCAAAGUCGGCAUCCUGCCCAACAACUACAUCACUCCUGUGCUCAGAACGUCAGCCAGACUCCUGGAGACUAAACCGGUGAGUUUGUCGUCACAGCACAACACAGCGGCAGCAAAGAAGCACACCACUUCCAGGAGUCCUGCUGGGGUCCUUGCUCCUGAUAGGGUAAAUACUGAUGGAGCGCUGUACACAGCGGGACAGGUCCCACAUGUGCCAAAUGGAGCACAGCACGCAAUGUCAUCCACAGGCACAGGAAAAUCAUCCUUCUAUGGGAGCACGCCAGGUUGGGAGACAGUACGGAGAUUCUUUAACCCGCACAGAGUUUCCAACCCUUUCAACAAUUCAUCCAAUUUGAAUGUACCCACCAACUCGGAGCACUUUGCUCAAGUUCAGGCAUCCGGAUACUCGCCCGCCCUGCUGAGGAAGAAAAACACUGGAAUUCCAGCCAAUUCUGGAAGACCAGCAGGCUGGAUGAGUGAGCCAACAGCGCUCUCUGCUGCACACCUUUCAAAAGACAGGGACUUUACCUCCUCACAUGAAGCAGGGGGUUAUCACAAUGAGCGGCAACCGUCCAGUGGCCCUCACUCAAUUCUCGUCAGACCUGAUUCACACAAGAGCACUGCAGACAAGCCAGCCAAGUCCGUGCGUUUCCUGACAGAAGAUGACCCCCCACCUCCACGGCUUAGGACCUCCUCCUGGUCAUCAGGAAGCCAGAUUCCAUCCAACUUCACCCCAGCACCUCCCCAACUUGAAGUAUGGGCGCCAUCACUCACUUUGGGGAGAGAUGGACCUGGAAUCCUUCUCAAAGAUGGAAAAUCAACAACUUUGAGAAAGGGCAUUGAAACAGCUCCCUCAGACCUAAACACAAACUCAAAACCAAUGUUGUUACAGCCGUCGCUAUCAGCCGUUUCGGCUCAGUUCAGCCCCACCAGACACAGAGUGACUUCAACACAUCUAGCCCAGACAGACUCUGAACUCAGUCUUCUUCAAGGAGAGCUGGUCCUGGUCCACAGACCUCGCCCUGACGGACGUGUCCUCAUUACUCAGGAGAUCAGCGGCCAGACGGGCCUGUUUCACAAUAGUAUUCUUCACGCUCUGGAAAGGCUCCCUUGAUUACUUGUGGAAUUAAUAUAUUUUGUAUACACUUUGUUCAGAUCCAGUAGUAGAAACUGCCAGCAGAGAUUUCCAUUAAGUUUAUUUUUUUACCUCAUUUUAAAAUCUGUAGACAUAUGUUGUGCUUCUUUAGUCUGUGUAGGAGCAUGUACUGUAUGUUUCACAUCUACUAAGAAUUUGCACAUAACCCUACCAAACAACUGUCUCUCUGAUUCUGCCCACAUUAGAUACCACAUACAGUAGGCGAGUGCCUUUGUCAAAAGCUGCAAAGAAAAUAAUCUAUUCAACGAUGUGAAAUUAAAUAUGGGGCAAUAAAAAUACUUAAGAGAACUAAAAAACAUGACUUGAAUAAAGAGGUUGAUUAAUUAGGUCUUUAAAAAAAAAAAAAGGAAAUAUUUUACUCCAGAAGAGAGUACAUUCUCAUUAGAACUAUACGUUUGUUGACCUGGUGGCAGUUAAUGAAUAGUCCAACAAAUGUGUGGCCUUUGCAUCUGAAAUGUAUAAAACUGCAUGGACACCCAUCCUUUAUUUAGUAAUUAGCACAACAUGAUCUCAUUGGGUGCCAUUGACGACGACAGACUUCCAAACCAUUCAUUCAUACAUCUUCUGAACCGCUUAUCUUCACGGGGAUGCCAGAGCCUAUCCCAGCUAACAAUGGGCAGGAGGCAAGCUAGACCCUGAACUUGAUGCCGGCCACAAACACCAAUUCACGCACACAGUCACACCUGCGGACAAUAUGGAGUGUUCAACCAGUCUACCAUGCAUGUUUUUAGGAUGUGGGAGGAAACCGGAGUACCUGGAGAAAAGUUUGAACUGAAAUUAUUAUAAAUAUUAUAUAUACAAGCCCGUCGACGGGGUGGGGGGGCAACCGGAUAUGUUGUUCCGGGCCUCAGGACCAUAGGGGCCC